GGUGACGUUCGAUUGCACCGACGUCCAACGUUGUCCCUCCCGCAGCCAUGCGUAUUACGCUUGUUGUUGUUGAACUGGUUGUUAUGACUGGACAAGGCCUCGGACUAAAUUAGGAGAGAACCCCUCGUCGCUGCAACGGGAGACCUGCCAAUGGAGGGCAUGGACAUAGACCUGGACCCGGAGUUCGUUCAGAAAUUCAACUGCAUGGGCACCACUGACAAGGACGUCCUCAUCUCAGAGUUCCAAAGACUGCUGGGGUUCCAGGUCAACCCGGCAGGAUGCGCUUUCUUCCUUGACAUGAGCAACUGGAAUCUACAGGCAGCCAUCGGUGCCUAUUAUGAUGUUGAGGGUCCCAGCAUCAACACACCAUCCAUGUCCUUUGUGGAGGAUGUGACGAUUGGUGAGGGAGAGUCUGUUCCCCCCGACACACCAUUCACAAAGACCUGGAGGAUACAGAACACAGGUGCAGAUUCCUGGCCACCUGGGGUAUGUCUGAAGUACAUUGGAGGGGACCAGUUUGGCCACGUCAACAUUGUGAUGGUGCGCUGUCUGGAACCCCAGGAGAUCGCAGACGUCAGUGUGCAGAUGCGUAGCCCCGCAGCGCCCGGCAUGUACCAGGGCCAAUGGAGGAUGUGCACACCCACAGGGCUGUUUUAUGGAGACGUCAUCUGGGUGAUCCUCAGCGUGGAGGUGGGUGGCCUUUUGGGCGUGACACAGCAGCUUUCCUGCUUCGAGACGGAGUUCAACACCCAGCCGCACCGCAAUGUAGAGGGAGACUUCAACCCUUUUGCCUCGCCACAGAAGAGCAAACACGACGCCGGAGACGACAACAACUUCAAAGAGCCUGGAGGAGCCUGGGAGGGCAGGCAGGACGCCAUCCAGCAAGAUGAAAACGGACUGUCUCACAAUGCUGUAAAUAGAGCAUCGAAUGGGCUACAAAACAAUCUGUCAGUAGUGACUUACAGUCAGGGUGUUCAUGGACCCUAUCCGUUAGGCCAGAGUUAGACAGAUGGAGACCCAGGCCAGGUGGUGCUGAACAGACCUGGGCAUGCUGAUGCUGACCUGCGGCAGGGGCACUGGAGAGGGGAGGGACACAUAUUUCAUACAGACUCUAGACAACUCUCUCCCUUGAGCCCUACCCCUUUCCACCAAAACACAAGCUACAGUGAGAACAAGGAGGCACCUAUCCCAGUGAACACCCUACCAGCAUCAUCAGCACCCUCCCAAGAUCAGCAUGAGUGAAUGCUACAUAAAGAGUGCUAUAAAUCUACUACAUACAUGUUUUGUUAUUAUUUGUAGCUGUCAACACACCUCAUUAGUGUAGGGUAAGGCACUGCUGUAGAGGCACUGCUGGUUGAGCUUAGCAAAAGGAUGGAUGUGUGUGAGCUUGAGCAAAUGAAAUGUGUGAGAAAAAGCCAUCAAAAACUAUUUUGCCUGUUGAGCUAUUAUUGUAGGAUUUGAAUCCUUGUCUGUGUUUUCUGAAUUGUGCAUGUGUGCACGUGUAUAGUUUCCUUUUGGAUUUGACUGAACACAGUGGUGGAUACAACUUUGGUAAAGAAGUUGUGGUGACCUAUGUAUGUAGGCCAGGUAGGUUAUGUAGGUGAUGUAUCUAAAUAGAUUAAACAAAAUAAUACUAAUAAAAAAAUUAUAAUUCUCCACAGGUGUUUUCAGAAAAUUAGGAUACAGGCCUGUGAAUGAGUUGCCCCGUAAACAAGCCUUUGCUGUACUGUACUUACGACACAUAUGGAUCAUUCAGUGAUAACACUUGUUCUUUAGAGCCAGCAGAUGGUGCUAUUAACUAAACAACCAAACCAAAUGGUCUCUGAAACAUCACGACAGACCUUGACAAAUAGACUUCCCUUUCCCAUCAUAGGGAGAGGUAUUUCAAUUCUGGGUUUGUGACUGCUCAAGCCAUUGAUAAUAUCAGCACCGUUUGUUUUGUUUCUGCAGUUUGCACGAUGUCACUUCAGAUGUUUACAAGUGGUGAUUUGAUUUAGUUUCUGUAUGCUGUCUGGAUCUAGAUAUUAUUGUCUGUUGUAAUAGUAUAUAUUCUCCGUGUUUUAGUUUUCCUCCACACUUAACAACGUUGAGUCCCGUUUUGAUUGUCAAAUUAAGUAGAGUGGGUACAUACGCUCAAAAGGACAGGUUCAACCCUGGAAUUCAUUCAUUCCUCUGUGUCAAAGUGGAAUGCUCUAUUACGACAUGUAGUCAUAUUAAUUAUUGUUUACAAUUACAUGGUAUCAACCAAGUUAACAUCAUGUUAUGCAAUUUGUUUCCCAUUUGGAAUGUUAUUUUAAUGUAUUUUAUUUACCUUCACGUUCUUCAAGCAAUCAAGAUUUCUCUCCUUCAAUGUUUCACAAUUUCCACAAGGUUAUGAGUAAAUGAAAAACAAGGAAAUUGAUGACAAUUGUUAUUCAUAGACUAAAGAUCUUGUAGAUGCUCAUUCAUACAAGAGUCUUAUCUUAUGGUUUCUUCUGAUGAAAAGUCCCUGUUUUCUUGUGGCUGUUGUGCUUUCACACCAGCCUUUCAUAUUUAUGUAUUUGUCAAGGGCAUUAUGUUAGUCCUCUGUGUUCACUGUUCUGCAUUUUACUCUGAAACCAGAGAGUGUUUAAUUCUUAGCUUUAUUCCGUUUUUUUAUUUUGGUGGGAGGGUGCAGUUUUAAGCAAGAUGGCAUGGAGUGUGGCGCGUUUGCAUAGUCUUAUGAUAGAACAUUCAUGAGAAGAGAAAAUGUCAAAUUAAAAGCCUUUUUCCUAUAUGUAUAAAUGAACAUUUGUACAAUUAAAUUAACACUGAAACAGAAAA